AUGAGUGGCCCUGCGUCCACUACAUCGGUGUCGUCCCCACAGCGUACAUCUGCAUCCGGCAUCGUCCACGAUGAAGAGACGCAGACGAGAAGUAUACCACAGAGCAGGAGAGCCGAUGGAAGCCUCCGGAAAGAGCGCAAAGUCAAGCCAGGCUACACUCCACAAGAGGACAUCGCCCGCUUUCGCUCCAAGCGCUUGAUGGAGGAAGAUGCCCGGCGAGCUGCUUCGGGUUUGGGGACGGGAGUUCCGGGCUCAGCGAGCUGGGUAGCAGCUGCUACGUCCCCUGCCUCGGGUGGUAGCAGCAGCCGGUACUCUUCGACGCUCGUCGGACUCAAUCCCCGACGCCGGGAGCAGCAAGGCAGAGAAGUAGUCGAGAGCAAGCUUUCAUCUACAGAGAGUAUUCAGGGGUCUGAAGCACGGGAAGAGCGUCCCGUGAAGGUCGAUGAGCCUCCUGCUUCAUUGAAUCUCGAUAAGCCCAACAAGUCUGAAGGAACUGCCGGCCCUGCUGCGUCACCGUCUGCAGCUAGGGCGGCACCUCCCCGCGGACUCUUCGCGAGGGCAAUGGGAGGGGUCACGACACAAGACAGGCCCAGAGAAGGCAGGUCAACGUCCACAUGGGGUAGUACGCCCUCUGCUGCUCGAGAUGAGAGGUCAGAAGCAUCUGCAAAGACAAGAGACACUGGACGCUUACCAAGGGGGGUACAGGACACCAAGAGUGGGGAGGGCCCGAACAGACGUGCUGGCCCUCGUCUUCCUCCUUCUUCUGGUUCAGAGGCACAGAGCUGGCGCAGAGGUCCAGCUACAGCUAUCUCAGCCGCCAAGACUGCUCCAGCUAAACCGAGAGAAGAAAGUGCUUCUCGGACGACUGAGGUGGACCCUAUUCAUCAACUAUCGGAAGGUUUGGAGAGCUUGAAGGUGGAAAGAAAUAGCAGUGAAAAGUAG